AUGUCAUUUUUGUCUGACAAAUAUGAUGAGGCGGUGCUUGAGAUUAAUAAUUUAAAAGCAGAGUGUAACAAAAAUCAGCAGAUUAUAAAAACAUUAGAAAAUAAGGUAGACUUUUUGGAAAAAAAUUUGAGAGCAGCAUCACUUGAAAUAAAAAAUGUACCAUUACAGUGUCCUGAAACCCGUGAAACCCUAAUAAGCACAAUCCAAAAACUUGGCAAUAUUAUUAAUCAUCCCGUACUAGAACAGGAUAUUGCAAAUAUUUUUCGUUUGAAGAGUAAGAAGGAAUCAGUGGGUACAGUUAUUGUGGAAUUCUCGUCAGCGGCAGCAAAGCAACUAUUUUUGAAGUCAACUAAAAUCUAUAAUAAACAGAACAAGGAAAACCGUCUUAACACAACCCACUUACAAGAAAAAGGACCUAAGCACUUCUUAUACGUCUCUGAAGUGCUCACCGCCAUGACAAAGCGACUCUACUACCUUGCAAGAGAGUUUAUUAAGAGUAGUGAAUACGAGCAAUGUUGGACAGCCAACGGUAAGGUGUACAUACGCAAAAAGGAAGGGAUGCCCAGCCGACUUAUCAAGACAGAAGAUGAUCUAGCACAACUACGAAGACAAAAGUGA